AUGCCACACAAGAUUGGGUUCAUUGUUAUAAGUUCAUCCGGACAUGAGGAUGGCUUCAGUGCCAAGGAACUGAUGGUUCACGCGCCAACGGUCAACGGAUGGAGGUCAUCAAGACUCUGCCAGUAUCCCCAAGAAAUAGUCCUCCAGAUGGUGGAACGGUGCCGAAUUCGAAAGCUGCAGCUCCUGGCUCACCAGUAUAUGAUCUCCAGCAAAAUUGAGUUCUACAUCAGCGAAAACCUGCCCGAUUAUUUUGCGCCCUAUAAAUCGGAACGAUUCCAAAGGCUGGGUUAUGUCUCCCUUUCCGAUAAUGAAAAGACCAGCUACCGGGCCCGGGAGUUGAAAUCCGUCUACGUGGAUGCAGUCGGACAAUAUUUAAAGUUGACUUUCCACAAAAGCUACGCCAAUCGGUACAAUCUGUACAGCCAGGUUGCCCUGGUGGCAAUAAAUAUCAUUGGGGAACCUGCAGAUCUGAGCCCUGAGAACAGCCAGUCUUCCAGGGAGAAGCUGAUCGACCAUUAUCUCGGGAGCAAUUCGGAUGACUCGGCCUUGGACGGGAGCUACCCUGGGAAGGCCGACGCCAUUUCUCCACUGGAUGAUCUGGCCUUUGACAUGUACCAGGAUCCGGAAGUGGCCCAGAUCAUUCGCAAGCUGGACGAGAAGAAGCAUGAAGCGGUGCGCCAGGAACACUACGAUCACGCCAAGAAGCUCAAACAAGCCAUCGCAGAUCUGCAGAAGGUCGGGGAGCGGCUGGGACGCUACGAGGUGGAGAAACGGUGUGCCGUCAAGAGGGAGGACUACGACUUGGCCAAGCAGAAGAAGCAGCAGAUGGAAGACUAUCGUGUCAAGGUCUACCAGCAGUUGGAGCUUCAUAACCUCUUGGACCCAGAUCUCGCGAUCCGACGGCUACCUGACCUGCCACUAGAGCCUGUGGCUCAGCCCACCACGACCCUCCAGCAGAAGAAGCCCCUGCCGUCCCCCUGGCGGGAGAAAGCCGAGCCAGAGAGCCCCGCCUCCUUGCCCCCCGAGAAGCCCCCCGAAGUCCCCUCGCCUGAGCCGGCCCCUUCUCAGGCCUUCUCUCCCCCGCUGGCAUGGGCGGCUCCCAACGCUGCAGAGGCCUUCCCGAAGAUCAGCGUCGAGUUCUUACCUUACGACGAGCGGCCCCUCCCGGCCAUCCGCCGACAGCAGGAGGAGAGCUUUCCCUUGCUAGAGCCCGAGAUGACCGAGGAAGAGGCCGGGGACACGGCCAGGAGCGGGGCGGUGGGCGAUCCGGAGCCUCUGACCGAGAAGGCCCUGCGGGAGGCCAGCGCCUCCAUCGACGUCUUCGGGGAAAUGCUGGUGGCCGGCGCCUACUCCAAAACCUGGUCGUAUCGCGAGGACUCGUUGCUGGCCAUCUACAAGAAGAUGACCGAGGCUCCCACCAGCACCCCCAAGGAGGAGCUGAAGAACAUGCUCCGGGGGGCUGUCUUCCUCGCCGUGAGGGCCAUCAAAGAUAUCGUCUCUUCGGUUUUCCACGCCUCCUUAAAGCUCCUGAAAAUGAGCAUCACGCAGUACAUCCCCAAGCACAAACUGGGCAAGCAGGAGACCGUUUUCUGCCUGGAGAGGGCCUUCCCCAACCUCCUGUCCCGCACGGGGGACUCCUCGGCCCGCCUUCGGACGGCCUCCGCCAACUUCAUCCAGGAGAUGGCCCUUUGCAACGAAGUGAAGCCUCUGCAGAUCAUCCCUACCCACCUGGUGCAGCCCCUGAGGCCCCACUGCCCCACACACCUCGCCAUGAGCCAGGUGGAGCUGGUGGAACGCUUGCUGAAACACCUGGGCACCGAGAACUCCGGCUUCACGGUCGAUAACGUCAUGCGAAUCCUGGAUUAUCUGCCCCCCGACGACGCCAACACCCGGAAGAAUGUGCUGUACAAGACCCUGUUCGAUGGCUUCGCUAAAAUCGACGGCCGACUGACCGACGCUGAGCUCAAAGCCCAGAAGAAGUCAGCGACUGAGGAAGCAGAGAAGGAGAAGAAAGAUGAGAUCAAGGCCUUGCAAGGUCAAGUGGCAGCCCUGAAGGAGAUGCAGACGGACGCCCAAGCCGACAAGGAAAAAGACAGGGAUUUGCAGAAACCAUCCAAGAAGGCUGCCCAGCCCGUCCCGGCGGAUCCCCUGGAUGACCACUCGUCGGUUGCCAACUACCUGGACAACCUCUGCAUCUUUUGUGGGGAGAGAGACGACUCCUUCACCGAGGAAGGGCUGGACCUCCACUACUGGAAGCACUGCCCCAUGCUGACCAGGUGUGACUUCUGCAAGCAGGUGGUGGAGAUCGCCAGCCUGACCGAGCACUUGCUGACGGAGUGCGAGAAGAAGGACAACUUUGCCAAGUGUUCCCGUUGCUGCGAGGCCCUGCCGAAGGAGGAGCUGGCCCGGCACGCCAAGGGGAGAUCCUGCAACCCGGCCAAGUCUGAGAAAGUGGCCAACCGCUGCCCGUUGUGCCACGAGAAUUUUACCCCGGGCGAGGAGGCCUGGAAGGUGCACCUGAUGGGCAGAGACGGCUGCCGCGUGAACCCGAGGCGCAUUCCUUCCCUGAACAAGAGCUUGCCCACGCAGACCGUCACCGGCCGGGCUGGCGGAACCGUCCUGAACCGGUCGGGGCCCCUGGGAGUGAAGCUGCGGUCGCCCACGGUGGGGAGCAAAAUCCCCACCCCACGAGGAGGGUUGAAUAAAAACACUGGCAGAACGUAUGCAAAGCGAUGA